AUGCUUGGCGCCUUGCAGCGGCUGCUGAGCCAGCGUGUUCCGCUCAUCUUUGUCCUCCCGGUCGUUUUGGUCUCGGUCUAUUACAUAUACACACAACAAUCCGCAUCGCUGUCGCAGGAGAACUGGCACCCUCACGCAUUAGACGGCGAUGAGCCCGUCCAGAAAGAGAGUCCUCAGUACCAUGUGGUCGAGACGCACGAAGACGUGCGAUGCAAGACCUUCCCGGAUCCCGGGAACCUGCUGGUCGUGGUCAAGACGGGAGCCACAGAGGCCUACGAGAAGCUUCUGCCACAACUCAUGACGAGUCUCACGUGCCCGAAGCGGCUGGAGAUCUUUUCGGACUUGGAGGAGACGAUUGGUACUCAUCACCUCCACGAUGCACUGAAGGAUAUCGACGAGGAAAUGAAGCUGAACCAUCCUGAUUUCGAGAUCUACCGCCUGCAGCAGGAGUACCAGAGCACGGGGCAGGACAUCUCGGAACUCGCGAAGAAGCACAAGGUGGUCUGGAACCUGGACAAGUACAAGUUCAUGCACAUGGUGCAGAACACUUGGGCCAUGCACCCGGAUCUCGAAUGGUACCUGUUCAUCGAGUCCGACACCUAUGUCUUCUGGGGCAACCUGAAUCUGUGGUUGCAGCGCUUAGACCCGGCCGACAGUCUCUACCUUGGAUCCGAAGCGCAGGCGGCCACGCACUGGUUCGCUCACGGCGGCAGCGGGUUCGUGAUUUCCGGCGCCCUCCUGAAGAAGUUUGCCGGGGACGACGCGCAGAUGGCCAGCCGCAACGACAAGAUCCUAGAGAAUGCCUGCUGCGGAGAUAUCGUCCUUGGGCGCGCCCUGAAGAAGUACGUGGGGGUCGAGGUGCAGAACCAGUGGCCGUGGUUCAACGGCGAGACGCCCUGGUCGAUACCAUACGGCCCAGACCGCUGGUGCCAGCCGGUCAUCACCUUCCAUCACCUCCAGCCGCGUCAGCGGACCAUGAUCUGGAACUUUGAGCAGAAGAGGAAGAACCCUGCGGAACCGCUCUUGUUUGAAGAGAUCUCGGAACUCGCGUUUCCUGCGGGUGGCCUGAAGGAUGAGAGGGAGGACUGGGACAACCUGGCAGACAACCUCAUCGAGAAUCCUGGAGGAUCUCCGCAUACGCUCGAGAGCUGCAAGCGAGCAUGUAGCUACAGGGAGGACUGCUGGCAGUAUCUCUGGUCGGAUGGGGAGUGCCGCAUCAGCACCAACGGGUUCCGCAUGGGAGCCAAGAAGCCGUCGACCGGAGGCAGGAGGUGGAUGUCCGGUUGGAAGACGCAGAAGAUCGAGGCAUUCAGGCGGGAAAACACCUGCAAAGAGCCAUACUGGAGAGAAGACGGCUACCCGAUAAGGAACUCGAUCUUCUGA